AUGACGUUUGCUCGCUCCUGUUCUUCAUCAUGCCUCUUCGCACAGUCUUGGUGUUUAUGCUGCUUUACAUUUGCAGUUUUAUUCUGUGGCCUUGUUGUUGGUAACCAUGCAGACACAAAUGCCUUGCCUUUUCCCUGGGAUAAGAUAAGAUGCCAGAAACAGGUGAAACCCAGAGAAACUAUUGACCUCCUGAUACACCCCAACUUGACCUCCAUGACCUUCACCGGGGUCCUCCAGAUCCUCUUAGAGGUAGAGCAGGACACCAGAGCCAUCGUCCUUCACAGCAAGCACCUGCAGAUCUCCAAAGCCCAGCUCUUGGGCUCCACACAUCCUCGGGAUCUGCAGGUCAGUGAGUUUGAAGCCUAUGAACAGAUCGCACUCUUUUCUGACGGCUUCACAUUUGAGAAAGGAAACCAUGUGGUGCAUUUGGAGUUCUACGCCAACCUGUCGGACAGUUUUCAUGGCUUUUAUAAAGGCAGAUAUACCACAAACAGCGGAGAGGUCAGGAUGCUGGCGUCCACUCAGUUUGAGCCGACACAUGCUCGAGCCGCCUUCCCUUGUUUUGACGAACCUGCAUUUAAAGCCAACUUCACCAUCCGUGUGCGCCGAGAGUCCAGGCACAUCUCCAUAUCCAACAUGCCCAAGCUGAGAACUGUAGAAAUGGCCGACGGGCUGCUCGAGGAUCAGUUUGACACGACGGUGAAGAUGAGCACCUACCUGGUGGCCUUCAUCGUCUCCGAUUUCCAGUCCAUCAGUAAAAAAAGCCAGCAUGGAGUCGAGAUAUCCGUGUAUACUGUUCCCGAGAAGAUCAGUCAGGCGGAAUAUGCUCUCAGCACCGCCGUCACACUGCUGGACUUUUAUGAUGAUUAUUUUGACAUCCCGUAUCCACUUCCCAAACACGAUCUUGCAGCGAUCCCAGAUUUCCAGUCAGGUGCUAUGGAGAACUGGGGCCUGUCGACUUACAGAGAGUCCGGUUUGCUCUUUGACCCUGAGAAAUCUUCUUCCUCGGACAAACUGGGAAUCACCAAAGUCAUCGCCCAUGAACUAGCCCAUCAGUGGUUUGGAAACCUGGUCACGAUGCAGUGGUGGAACGAUCUGUGGUUAAACGAGGGCUUUGCCAAGUUCAUGGAGUAUGUGUCCGUCAACAUCACCCACCCCGAGCUGCAAGUGGAUGAUUAUUUCCUGGAGAAGUGCUUCACUGCUAUGUCAGUGGACUCUUUAACCUCCUCACACCCCAUUUCCACUCCAGUGGAGAAUCCCGCGGAGAUCAGCGAGAUGUUUGAUGACGUUUCCUACCGGAAGGGUGCGUGUAUCCUGAACAUGUUGAGGGAUUUCCUGACGCCAGAGGCUUUCAAGUACGGUAUUAUACACUACACCAAUACAAAAAUCUACCAGAACAAAGUUAACACUAAUGCAUUUCAAUCUUUUCAGAUCUGCACUUCUGAUGAAUUGGAUUCAGGGAGACUAAAACUUGAUGGAUUCUGUUCCAAAAACAGGGCUGAAUCUCCAGCCUCUAAAUGGUUCAUGGAGGACAGUGUUGAUGUUCGAGCCAUUAUGGACACCUGGACUCUGCAGGAGGGCUUUCCUUUAAUCACUGUGGAGGUCAAAGGUCAAGAGGUCACCCUCAAACAGGAGCGCUUCCUUAGAGAAGCAAACUCCUCAAAGACUUCAAAGACAUCAAGCUUCCUGUGGCAGGUUCCUCUGACUUACAUCACCAGUCACAGUAGUGCAAUGCAGCGUUUCUUGCUGAAAAGUGAAAAAGAUGUGUUGUACCUGCCAGAGAAGGUGGACUGGAUUAAAUUUAACGUAGACCUGCGUGGGUAUUAUAUUGUACAUUAUGAGUCAGGAGGCUGGGACGCUUUGAUCAACCAACUCCAGCAGAACCACAGUGUGUUCAGCAGCAACGACAGAGCCAGUCUGAUCCACGACAUCUUUCAGCUGGUCAGCAUUGAGAAAAUCCCACUGGACAAAGCUCUGAAUCUGAGUUUGUACCUCAGUAAAGAGUCGGAGAUCAUGCCGGUGACGCAGGGCUUUAAUGAGCUGGUGCCGCUCUACAAACUCAUGGAGAAGAGAAACAUGGAGGAACUGGAGAACCAGCUGAAGGGUCAUUUAGUGAAGUUAUUCAAGACGCUGAUUGACCGUCAGAGCUGGUCUGACGACGGGUCUGUGUCCGAGCGGAUGCUCAGGAAUUAUCUGCUGUUGUUCGCCUGCGUCCGUCGUUACCCAUCAUGCAUCAGCACCGCCACUCAACUCUUCCAGCAGUGGAAGGAAUCCGAUGGCAAAAUGUGGCUGCCCACUGACAUCAGUUUAGUGGUCUACACUGAAGGGGCGCGUACAGACGAAGGCUGGGACUUCCUGUUGGAGAAAUACAAGCGAUCCGUCUCGCCAUCAGAGAAGUGGAUGAUUAAAGCCGCCCUCUCGUACACUCCAUUAACUCACAAGCUUCAGUGGCUUUUGGAAAGAAGCAUCGAAGGAGAGAUCAUGAAAACUCAAGACCUGCCGUCGCUGGUCAUCACUGUCAGUAAAAACCCAAAAGGUUUCAAACUCGCCUGGGACUUCUUGAAAACCAACUGGGGGAAACUUGUGAAAAAGUUCGAUCUCGGUUCGUCUGCAAUAUCUCGCAUGGCGGUCGGUGUGACCGAUCAGUAUUCCACCAGAGAAAUGCUCCACGAGGUUCAGUCUUUCUUCGGGUCACUGGCGCAGGAUCAGGGCUCCGGGCUCCGCAGCAUUCAACAGGCCCUGCAGAAAAUCCAGCAGAACAUCCGCUGGAUGGACAGGAACGUCCCACUCCUGAAAGCCUGGCUGGACAGAAACAGUCUGUGACAAACUCUAGAGACUCUUGAAAGUGUGUUUAACAGGGUGUGGAACUCAAGACUGCACCUAGUUUCACUAAUCAAGGGCCAUAGCACUGGAAGAAACCAGCUCUGAUAUGAUCAUACAGAACAUGAACAUUUUUGAAAUGGCUGCAACAAAAAAACAGUGUCUUAAUAAGUUUUAAAAUAUCAAUGCUAAAUGCCCACUCAAUGAAACCAGCGAUGCACUGAAAUUAGUUUUUUACUGAAACACAAAAAACAAAAAUGAAG